GAGAUUUGCCGAAGUUGCGUUAAAAAUUUCAUGUCUGUUUUGUUGUGAGUAUCGUUUGUUCACGCUACACCACAGUUUUGUUGAGCUUCCUCUGCUGACUUGUAAGCCCCGUGUCUCUUGCAACAGAGAGUUGGAGUUUUGUUCAGGGUAAUUCUGAAAGAAGCUUUGAGAGAUAAUGGAGGUUGUACAGCAGCAAGGCAACAUCAACAACAAGCACCAGGCGGUCGAAAAUGGUGAAAAUGGCGAGCUUAGGUUUGACGACUUCAACGGAAACUUGCCGCGGUCUACAACGGACUCGGCGUUGCUUGACAGUUCCAAAAGUAACAGAGUUAUUAAGAAGGCAAAACGACCAAGCAAGCAAUUGAUGAGGUCUGACUCUGAUCCCGAAGGACAAACUUUUAGUUCUCUUGGAAACCGUGCAGCAUUUUCUAAAAAUAGUCGAAAAUCCCGAAACGGAAGAGGCCGAGGUUUGCCGAAGAAAGGUGGAGCGGGUGGUAAAGGAGUAUGGGGAACGCCAGGUAUAGAAAUGUUUGAAGAUGGCCAGUGCAGAGAUUCUGGUGAUCCCAACUACGACUCUGAAAGUGAGGAUGAAUAUGUGGUUGAGUCCAUUGAACCUCCAGUAACGGAUGAGGAACUGAAGAGGGUUGUGGAACCUCUUCUGUUAGAGUAUUUUGAGAAUGGUGACAGCAGGGAAGUGGAGGAAAACCUUCAAGGAUUAAAUCUUGGUCAGCUCAAGCCAAAGGUGACAGAGCUGGCUAUUAAUAUGGCUCUAGACCGCAAAGCCACGCACAGGGAGCUUACGUCCCAACUCAUCUCUGACCUGUAUGGAAAUACACUUCGCGGCAAAGAUAUCUCAAAGGGCUUCGACAGCGUUCUCACCAGUCUGUCUGAUCUCACAAUCGACACACCAGAAGCUCCCACAGUUGUUGGCCAGUUCAUUGCAAGAGCUGUUGCUGAUGAUUGUCUCCCUCCCAAAUUUGUGUUGAGUUAUAAAGGAAAAGUGGAUUGUCCUCAUGCAAGUAAAGCCCUGGACAAGGCAGAUGUGUUGCUCAAAAUGAAACAUGGCAUCGUGCGGCUGGACAAUGUGUGGGGCACUGGUGGCGGGAUCCGUCCUGUAAAAUUCCUUAUUAAGCAGAUGAAGUUGUUACUGAAGGAGUAUCUGUCAUCUGGUGACUUAGAGGAGGCUGCCAGGUGCCUGAGGGAGCUUGAAGUGCCACACUUCCACCAUGAACUAGUCUAUGAGGCUGUCGUCAUGGUGAUAGAGGAUUCCUCUGAGAGGGUGGCCAAUAUGAUGAGCAAACUGCUGAAACUGUUCUGUGAUUCUGUUCUUAUUACUGUUGACCAAAUGGCUCAGGGAAUGCGUCGUGUGUUUGAGGAAAUGCCUGAAAUCAGUAUUGAUGUGCCAGCUGCCUAUAUAUUGCUGGAGAAGUUUUGUAAUGUUCUCCUGAGAGAAAAAGUGAUUACUGAAGCCCUGGUGAAGGAAAUACCACAGAGGGGCCGAAAGCGUUUUGUGUCUGAGGGUGAUGGGGGCCGAAUUAAGGAAAGUACUUACUAAGCAACUCCAUCGCAGAGCUAACAAGUUCAACCUGAUGUACACUCAGUGUGAAGAGACAUUCCUCCAUGCAGUCAACUUUGAUAAUCUUUCAUUAUUGUUCAGUUAUUUUUACUCUUGAUACAGAUGUGUAAAGAAAUUGACAUUUUGCAGGAUUCAACAGUGUUGGUAAAUCAAUUGAAUUCUGAACAGUUGUUCUAUUUCUGACAAGGAUAGUUCUUACCUGUAUGCCAUCAGUAGUAUUUUCAUACUUUGAAUUACAUUUUGAUGUGAUCAGGAGAAUUUAGCAUGGUGACAGACAUAAAAAGGAUUUCUAACAAUUUAACAGUAAUUUCAACUUCAUAAAAAAAAUAUAUCCAUGUCAUUUGUCAGUCGGUUAUUUUUUUGUUAGUCUUAUUUCGACAAUAUAUCCAACCAGUUGUCAUGAGAAAUGGUGCAUGUAUUUUACUUGUUAACUUUAGAACACAUGUAUUGGAUUAGUUCAUAUCUGAAAACAUCUUUUUGUGAUUAUUAUUGAUGAUCUUUCUCGUGGUCCUACUCUUUCAAAAUAUUUCUCUGAAAUUCUUUUUUUUUAUUGCUUUUAGGAUACUAAGCUUUAACUUUAACUAGGUCAACAGGAUUUGAGCUCUGUUGUUCAGAGACUAACUUACCAAGGAAAUACCAGUGUUACUCAUUGCUCUUAACUAGAAAAUGUUUGUGGAGCUCCUGCUGUUUCUUUCACUGUAGUGAUGUGUUGUUUAAAUGCUGUGGGUUACUGAAUUAUUAGUUGUUUGGGAGAUUAGAAAAUGGUAAACCUUUCCCCUUUUGAUCUCACAUGCAAGGUAAAUGCCUUAUUAUAUCUGCAAUAUCCUAUCCAGUGCGUUCACAGACAACUGUCUGGUAACAGAAGCACUAAUAAAAUUUUUCUUUAUUUUCUUGUGGGCAUUACUAGUUUUGGUUCUUGAUAGCAUUGCUGUUAAUGUCAAAGCCUCUAUAGCAGAUUUGUUCAGAAAUUGUUUUUCAGUUUUGUUAUGAUGACUGUCAACUGGUGGUCUGUUUGUUUGUGUGAAGUUUGAUAUUAGAGUCUUCUGAUAUGUGUAUUUAGUGCAUGACAUGCACAAUGUAAAAAGAACAGCUGUUUUGAAGCUGGUCAUUUAUCCUUAUUCUUCACCAUAUAUUACCUAUCAUCCCGGUAAUUAAUAUCUUUGCUGUGGUUGUGUUGAGGUGUAAGUGGUAGUGCUAUCAAGGAUAACUGAGACUUAGCAUAAUCCAUCAGGGUCCAGCUGUUUAUAUUGUUACAGGUGAUUUAUAUCUUAGCCUUGUACAAACUACAUGUAGAUGAUAUACUGAUACACUAUGUAUACUCUAAGCGUUACAUUUUAGCUUGCAUUUAUCUUUGAUCUAUUUGGUUUUCAUUUUAGUGUUGGAGUGGAGAAUCACAUUGAGAGUAUGUGUAUGAUGGAUGAUUCAAAGGAAUUGAUGCAAUGGUCUGUUCAUACGAAUGAAAUUCGUCCAGAACCAAAACAUGGUAGUGCUUAUCUCUUUAUCCCCCCCUCAAAUGUGUUUGUGGAAAUUGUCACAGAUCCAUGUCCUAGAAUGGAAAGAGUUUAUUUUUCAGGGAUAUUUUCAUGAUGGGGAUAUAGAGAAUUUUGGAGAGAAAAUGGCAUGAAAAUUAUUGCUUGAUGCAUUGAACGUGCUUGUUUCUGUUUAUAUUUUUGUGAGAUAAAUAAAACACAGCUCAUUUCCCAUAAA